AUGGGCAAUUUUGACGCCUUUGCCUGGAAUCAGCUGAUCAGUCCAAGGCCGUUCUUGGCAAUUACUGGCACCAAAGCUGCUUCGAAGUGGUAUAGCGGGGAUACUGUUGCCAAGGCCAAGGAGCCGAAGGAGCCGCUCGUUGUUGAUGGACUUACCCAUGCCGACUUGUAUGACAAUGUGGAGGUUGCCGGCCCUAAGCUCAAUGAGUUCUUCGGCAAGUAUCUUGUCCAAGGUAGAUGA